AUAGUGAGAGAUGUUUGAUGAUGAGGGGAAAAGUUCAAAGAAUCCAUCAUCAACAUUCCAAGUGAUUAUGAGUAUAAUAUACAACAAUAACUCAAGUCACAAAACUUACCAAAUAAUGUCAAGAGGAUAUUUCUUUUGCAAUUGAGGGUUGGUGGAAGUAAAGUUAUAUAGAAGAGAGGAUUUGGGGAUGGAGAUGAAGAAGAAGAUGAUGAGGAUGAUGAGGAUAUCAAAAGGAAAUCUUUUGAAGAGUUGGUUGAUAUGUGGAGUUGUUGGUUUGGUUGUGAUGUUGGGAUCAGUGGUUUGGUUGGCAAAUUCUUCAUCUUUUAAUUCUCCCAUGAGGAUUCUGGUUGAUACUGACGUUGAUACCGACGACAUCUUUGCUCUAUUAUACCUUCUCAAGCAACCUUCUUCACUCUUUCAUCUUCAGGGAAUAACAAUAAACGGGAAUGGAUGGAGCGACGCGGGGCAUGCAGUGAACCACUUGUACGACAUGUUGUUCAUGAUGGGGCGAGACGACAUCCCAGUUGGUGUCGGCGGAGAUGGAGGCAUUUCCCCUAACGCUACCAUUUCCACUAAUCUCGGUGGUUACCUUCCUCUAAUUGAUCAGGGCGUGUCGACGGCAGGGCAAUGCAGAUACAGGCAAGCCAUUCCAGUGGGAGGACGUCUCAAUGCCAAUACCAAUUUUGGUUUACGUAAACACUUUCUUCCUCAGGGUAAGAGGAGAUAUAUUCCUAUGAAGCAGCCGACUGCACAGCAAGUUAUGAAAGAUGCAAUAUCUGCAGGGCCUACUGUAGUUUUUCUUAUGGGAGCUCAUACAAACUUGGCUAUAUUUCUUCUGUCAAAUCCUCAUUUGAAGAAAAAUAUAAAGCAUGUUUAUGCCAUGGGUGGUGCUAUUAGAGAAAUUUGCUCAGAGAGUGCUGAUAAAUCUCAUGGGAAGACAUGCAACAAUAUUGGGAACUUGUGGCCUCCAAAUACAAAUCCAUAUGCGGAGUUCAAUAUAUUUGGAGACCCUUUUGCUGCCUACACAGUAUUACAUUCUGGAAUUCCUGUUACACUUGUUCCUCUGGAUGCAACAAGUACCAUUCCUGUGAAUAAGGAAGUAUUUUUGGCAUUUGAACAGAGACAAAACACUUAUGAGGCCAAAUAUUGUUUCCAGUCACUGAAAAUGGCUCAUGACACUUGGCCUAGCAGUGGAUUUUUCGAGAUUUAUUCCAUGUGGGAUUCUUUUAUGGUUGGUGUAGCUUUGUCCCAAAUGUAUAAUUUGCACAGAGGGGGCGGAAAUAAUGCAUUUUCGAAGAUGGAAUAUCUAAAUAUUACAAUUGUUACAUCGAACAAACCAUAUGGGAUCUCUGAUGGAUCAAAUCCACUUGUUGAUGGACAUUUGCUCCCAACACUUGGUUUCCAAAUGAAUGGGGUGCAUAGUGGUCAUGUUCAAACAGGAAUGCUAGAUCCAUUCUGCCUUGCUUCAACUGGAAAAGGGAAAUGUCAGGAUGGUUAUACAAAGGAAUCAGAUGGCUCAGAAUCAGUUCAAGUUUUAGUUGCUGUGGAAGCUAAAUCAACUAUUGACACCAACAGCUCAAUUGAUAAAGCAUUUUAUAUAAGCUUCCUGGAUGUUCUUAAUAGUCCACGACAGACAGGGAGGUUUGAUUUUAGAGCCCAGUUUCCUAACUACAGGGAAGUAUUAUAUAGACCAAAAUUUGGGAAGAGAUUACUAGGAAAACCAGUUAUUUUUGACAUGGAUAUGAGCACAGGAGAUUUUCUCACGCUUCUCUAUCUCUUGAAGACACCCAUUGAAAUCAUCAAUCUAAAGGGAAUUAUAAUCAGCCCAAAUGGAUGGGCAACGGCUGCGACAAUAGAUGUCGUAUAUGAUGUAUUACAUAUGAUGGGACGUGACGACAUUUCAGUCGGUCUUGGAGAUGUAUUUGCCAUUGGAGAAGCACAUCCAUUGUAUCCUCCUAUUGGAGACUGCAAGUAUACCAAGGCCAUUCCUCUUGGUAGUGGAGGCCUCUUGGACUCGGAUACACUUUAUGGAUUUGCUCGAGACUUACCUCGUAGUCCUAGAAGAUAUACAGCUGAAAAUUCAGUGAAGUUUGGAGCAUUUAGAGAUACCGAUCACCCUGAACUCAGACAAAUGUCUACACUUGAUGUUUGGAAAGACGUUGUACAAUCUCUAAAUCUGGAUGCAAAAAUUACUGUUUUAACCAACGGACCUUUGACGAAUCUCGCUAAAAUCAUACAACAUAAAGCCAUAAGCGCAAGGAUUGAGGAGGUAUAUAUAACUGGAGGACAUCUUAAUUAUGGGGUAGAUAAGGGAAAUUUGUUCACUAUACCUUCAAAUGAGUAUUCAGAAUUCAACUUCUUUCUGGACCCUAUAGCUGCAGAUUUGGUUUUUAGCUCAGGAUUGAACAUCACGCUUAUCCCAUUGAACGUGCAACGUAGAGUAAGUUCUUUUCACAAGAUCCUCAGAAAGUUGAAGCUCAGAAACAGAACACCGGAAGCAUGGUUGUCUCGACGUCUACUCUACAGGCUAUAUGACCUUAAGCAGAAGCAUCAUCAAUACCAUCAUGUGGAUAUGUUCUUAGGAGAAGUCCUUGGUGCAGUGAGCUUGGCUGGAAAACAUUUGAAUUUGAAGCAAACAUUCAGCUUCAAGCCUCUCAAGGUAAUCUCAAAUGGAGGUGAAUCAAAAGUAGGGCAAACAAUUAUAGAUGAGAAGAAAGGGAAGUGGGUGAGAGUUUUGGAAAGUAUAGAACCACUUGCAUUUUAUGAAGAUAUUGCAAAUGCAUUGGCUGAUGAAAAGCAAACUGCUGUUAUUGCAAGUUUUGAAAGCUAGAAAAUGGUGUGGAGUACUGCUUAAGUACUGAUUUUGCAAGGAAAUGUGAUGAAGAAUGUACAUAUGGAGCUCAGUGAUAAAUAGCUACACACAAAAGUAAAAAAUCCCUUCUUGACCAUGCUUAUGUGACUCUUCUCAAAGCUUGCUUAGUUAGUUGUAUGACAAAGGAAAUAUGAGAAAAAAGAAGAGAAAAUUUUGAAUGAAAAUUUUGUGCCUAAUAGGAUUUUUCAGUAUUAAAAUUGUUUAACAAGUCGAUGAACUUUCACCAAGAAAGCAAAAAAAUAAAGAAAAAACUAUUAGUAUUUUUGUAAAUCUAUCGUGAAUUGUUUUAAAUCUACAAGUAUAUAGCACAAAUUUUAAA